AUGGUGCGAAUCAGUGAGGCAAUCACGGAGGACCACCGCGAGCUAGAGAGCUUGUACAGAACCAUCGUCAACUCGGAAGACGCAGACGAGCAAACCCGAUUCCAGAAUCAAUUCACUUGGGAGCUGGCCCAACACGCUGUGGCAGAGGAAUUGGUUGUUCAUCCAGCAAUUGAAAAGGUGUUACCAGAUGGUAAAGAAACCACCGACAGAGGUCGUCGUGAACAUUCCACAAUCAAAGAAAUGCUAGAUGUUUUUCAAGACCUGAAUUGCUCGGAUGCAAGGUUUCUGCCCACUAUCACGGUUCUGAUGGACGGUUUAACCCAACACAUGCGCGAGGAAACAGUUGAGCUCGUCAACCUGGAAAGUUACCUAGCUCUGGAAGAUAGUGAGCAACUCGCCGAGUCUCUGAGAAGCACCAAAAUAUUUGUGCCUUCUCGGUCGCAUCCAGAAAUCCGACAACCCCCGUACGAGACCGCCGCUGGCUUGCUUACUGCCCCCCUCGAUCAUCUUCAGGACUUGUUUAAAAAAUGGCCAGAGGAUAAGGGAGAUCCAAUGGAAUAA